GUGCCCGGGACCCGCCACCUGCGCCACCGGCAACUUUGUGGGUCCCACCCACACCCCCUCCCCCCUUUCUUGCCCGAAGACCGGUCAGACCCUCCGGUGGGAGGGAAAUUAAAAAACCAUCCAAAACUCCAGCUGCGGCGGAAGAGGAGCGAGGGAGCCGGUGGAUCCUGGCCCGGGAUGAAGGGAUGACGCGAGUCCCUCUCGGAGGACGGCGGUGGCCGCUGGCGCAUCUCUCGGGGACCCAGGAGACUUCUACUGGUCCACUGUUUGUGUGGGAGUAGCUGGAGGCACGGACAUUGAAAACUUGACCCAAGGCGUCUCCCUGUUCGCAAACAUUCUUGAAGCACCAUUGCUGUAGAUUUGGCAGAGGUGAAUUUCUCUUGGGCAUGGUGUGUGUACACCAGGAAUAUAAAGGAACUCCCCCCCACACACCUUUGUGACACAAAAGGAACCCGAGUAAAAAAGGAGAAGAGGGGAAGGACUCAAAGAGCGUGGACGUAGAGAGUCCAGAAGGACGCAGUGGGCACCGAGACUUAUGGUCAGAUGGGCAGCGCUGAAGCAUGGAGAGGUCAAGUACCUAAGUCAAGUUCACCCAGCCGGUCUGACGGGCUCGCUGGCUUGCCUUGAGCAGAAUGGAAUGUAACUGCUAGGUCACUCUGCUGCGUGUCAAGACGACACUUGGUUUUGAAACUCAUCUGAGGAUGCCCAAAGCCGCGUCUCGAUGCGACAUCGUUAGGGGAGGACAAACAGCGUGAGGACUGACUGGUCUUCACUUCGUGUCUUGCAGGAGCCCCUUCCCUUGAGGAGGACUGCAUGGCCAGAAGUCUUCGCUGAAGUGGUGACAAUGAGUGUCCCGGUGGCUUCGAAGAAAUCUUGUUUCAGUCAGUUGCAGGAUCACAGAAAUGGAGCCAGAAACAAUAACCAGAGCAUUCUAAGCCUGGGAGAUACAAAUGCCAAUCAAAUCAUGUUGGAGGUCAGUUCUUCUAAUGACGAGCCCAAGACGUGUGAUUUGGGUGAUGAAAUUGGCAAUGCAAAUUCAAAUAGACCAGGACAUCGUGGCCACUUCCAGAAGGAGCCUCCUCAACUGCAGGGCUUUGGGAAAGGGUCUCAGGUUGGCUGGAGGGAUUUUAAACCUGCUCCUGCUGUCCAUAGGGAACUGAGUGAGGUGCCUACGGUAGAGAGAGCUACAGAUAUGCUGCAGGCACCUCCCAAUACCCAGGGACCAAGUCUCUCAAGUUGGAGGAACAUAGAGGGUGAGGCCAGUCUAAUGACUUGGGCUAAAAGGGAAGCUGACGUUCCCAGGUAUGUUUCCAAGGACAAGUUGGCAAAGACACUUGACAAUGAGGAAUUGAGAAGGCAUUCCUUGGAGACAGCAUGCAGUGCUGUAGUGGCCGCUGGCAGCUUGACUUGGCAGCAUCUGCCACCCACAUGGCUGGAUGCCCCUGAGUCAUGGGGUCAUGUGCCUGGGGGUGGGGAGGGGCCACAGGGGACAUUGGCCAGCCACUCUCCAGGAGCAGCUUUUUGCCCAGCUGACAGUACCUCAGAGGGAAAGAGUGUUCAUGCUCCUAAACCAUCUACCUCAGAAGCGAAGGGGCUCACCUCCUCAGAAAAUCAGGCAGAAGGGACACUUGGCCCGGAUGUUUGCAAGGAGCACCCAGUGCAUGCUGCCCGUCUGGAGCCUGCGCUGGAUCCAGCUUCUGCAUUGAAGGAAGUCCUGAGUUGUCCCGAAGCACACGUAAGUCAGGGAGAGAGGGAGCCGAAGCUGGAGCUAAUGUGUGUUCAACCCAGGGUUGAGCAGGAGCUGAAGUCAGCCCAGGCAGGGGGUCUGGGAGGUCACAAGGAAGACAGUGGGUCUCCCAUAGAGAAGAAAGAGCCAUGUGUACCAGCACUCCAAGAAGCCAUUGAUGUGGAGAGCCAUCAACCAAACAGCAGCCACCACCAAUUUGGGGUGGGAAGGGACAGCGGAGACAGAGAGAUGAUGGAAAUCAGUGUAGUGGAGGAGGGGCCUUUCCAAGCCACCUCCCAACAGGGCCCUGCUCCCUUUGGAGCAGCUGGACAUCAACCCACUGGCAAAAUGUCACCAAGUACAGGCAGGUUAUUGGGAGAUAUAACACCUAUCAGUUUUGCACCUGGUGAUGGACACGUAGCUCUUGUUCCCAUUGAUCCAUCUGGAAGCAUGUCCUUAGAAGUCAGCAAGGAGAAACGGAGGCUAGGCAAUGGGACCACGGGCACCACUACGGCAUUGACAUCGGGUCCUUCUGUGGGAGAAAGCAGAACUGAGGUCACUCACAGUGGCAGCUCAGAAGCUAGACCAAGCCAAGAGAUGACGACACCUGUCAGUGAAAAUAGGAACCUUGUACGAGACGCAGCUAAGCCUGAAAUUGCUCCGGCCAGAGCAGAGUCAGCUCUCAACACCCUUGCUCCCCUCCACCCAGAGACGACUGUGAACAUGACCCACCAGCCCGCAUCACCCAGUAGCAGUGUUCAGGAGCUCCGUGUGUUUAGUGUGGACACAGCCUCACCUUUGGUGGCCCCGCCUCCCAGUGACAAUGUGAGGGUGUUGAACACGUCCCUGAAAGUGCCUGACAACACCUGCCCCAGUGGGAUCCCCAAGACUGUGGUCACACACCCCAAGGACAUGCCUGCCUCACAGGAAACCAUGGAGAAACAUGAAGUCGAAAAACCAGAAGAGAGGACUGAGGUGAAGCCCAUCCUCCUGCCAAAGCCCAAGCACGUGAGGCCCAAGAUCAUCACCUACAUCCGGAGGAACCAGCAGGUGCUGGGCCAAGGGGACACCUCGCUGGUCCCCGUGGGGCUCCCUUAUGUUCCACCCACGUGCGGCAUGCCUCUGCACCCGGAGGAGAAGGCAGCGAGCGGUGACCUUCAGCCAUCUCCCAACCUGUAUGAGAAAUUUAAGCCAGAGUUGCCGAAGCCAAGGGUCUUCACCUCUGGAUUGACAGUCUCCGGGAUCAAGCCUCCAGGGCACCAUUUCAGUCAGAUGAGUGAAAAGUUUCUGCAGGAGGUAACAGACCCCACUGGAAAAGAAGAACUUUGCUCCCCGCCCUACACGCACUACGAGGUACCGCCAACCUUCUACCGCUCGGCCAUGCUCCUGAAGCCGCAGCUGGGGUUGGGUGCGAUGUCCCGUCUCCCAUCUGCCAAGAGCAGGAUCCUGAUCGCAAGUCAGAGGUCCUCAGCAAGUGCCCUCCACCCACCAGGACCUGUCGCCACGGCUGCGGGCCUCUACAGUUCGGAGCCUUCAGAUUUAAAGAAAGCUGCUAGUUCAAAUGCUACAAAGUCCAGUCUCCCCAAAUCUGGACUUCGUCCUCCUGGCUACUCGCGUCUCCCCGCAGCCAAGCUGGCGGCCUUUGGCUUCGUGCGGAGCUCCAGUGUGUCCUCCGUGUCCAGUACCCAGUCCGUGGACAGCGUGCAGCCAGAGCAGAGCCGGCCUGUCCCGCGUUCAACCUUUGCGAAUGAAGAGCAGCCAGUUCUGAAGGCAGCUCUGCCAUCUAAGGACACACCCAAGGGGGCUGGGAGGGCAACCCCUCCUCCGUCCUCCAGCGUGACGACGCCCCGCAGGAGUUUGCUUCCAGCGCCAAAGCCCACUUCUGCACCUGCUGGAACCAAGAAAGAGGCACAGAAGGAUCACGAUGCCAGUAAGCCAGCGGUUUCCUCUCCCAAGAAAACCCCCUCUUCCACCACCAGGCUUCACUCACCAGGGUACCCAAAGCAGAGGACCCCGGCUCCCCGCAACGGACUCGCAGCCAAGCCCGCCCCGCAGGCGCAGGCCCGGGAGGCCGAGCGGCAGCUGGUGCAGCAGCUGAAGGAGCGCUGUGAGCGGCAGGCCCGGCAGCUGGGCCUCGCUCGCGGGGAGCUGAAGAGGACCGUGCGCGUCUUCGAGGCCCUGGCCGUGUCCACGCAGCAUUUCUUCAGCAAGAAUGAAAGUGCCCUUGUGAAAGAAAAAGAGCUGUCAAUCGAACUUGCAAACAUCAGGGAUGAAGUUGCCUUCAACACGGCCAAAUGUGAGAAACUGCAGAAGGAGAAGGAGGCGCUGGAGCUGCGGCUCGAGGAGGAGCUGAGGCGGCUGGGCUGGCAGCAGCAGGCCGAGCUGCAGGAGCUGCGGGAGCGGCUGCAGCGGCAGUUCCAGGCGGAGAGCGCGCGCCUGCAGGAGGAGCACCACGGCCAGCUGCUGCGCGUGCGUUGUCAGCACCAGGAGCAGGUGGAAGACAUCACCGCCAGCCACGAGGCCGCUCUCCUGGAGAUGGAAAAUAACCACACAGUUGCCAUCACCAUCCUGCAGGAUGACCAUGACCACAAAGUCCAAGAACUGAUAUCUACCCAUGAACUUGAAAAGAAAGAGUUGGAAGAAAAUUUUGAGAAACUGCGGCUGUCAUUACAGGAUCAAGUGGACACAUUGACCUUCCAGAGCCAGUCUCUGCGGGACCGAGCCCGGCGCUUCGAGGAGGCGCUGAGGAAAAACACGGAGGAGCAGCUGGAGAUUGCGCUGGCCCCGUAUCAGCACCUGGAAGAAGACAUGAAGAGCCUGCAGCAGGUGUUGGAGAUGAAGAACCAGCAAAUCCACCAGCAGGAAAAGAGGAUCAUCGAGCUCGAAAAGCUGGCAGAAAAGAACAUUAUCCUGGAAGAAAAGAUUCAGGUUCUCCAGCAGCAGAAUGAAGACCUCAAAGCAAGGAUUGACCAGAACACAGUUGUCACCAGGCAACUGUCAGAGGAAAAUGCCAAUCUCCAGGAAUAUGUGGAGAAAGAGACGCAGGAAAAGAAGAGGUUGAGCCGAACCAACGAAGAGUUGCUGUGGAAGCUCCAAACUGGGGACCCAACCAGCCCGAUUAAACUCUCCCCCACGUCCCCGGUUUACAGAGGCUCUUCCUCCGGGCCCUCCUCUCCAGCCAGAGUCAGCACCACUCCCAGAUGACGGCACCUUACCACCUGUCCUCCUGAGGGAAUGCUGGUCAGGCGCCAGGGGCCACCCUGCGCGCGUGCUCAGUAACUGCAUCGUGCACCCUAGGCAGCGUUCUCUUCUGACCCCUCCCCCGCCGCCCCCUCC